AUGGACCUCCCGCAAAUCUCCGCCCACCUCUCCCCAACCCCCCACGCCUACCCCACCUGCUGCCUGGCCCUCUCCAGCACCCUAGUCACCUACCUGGGGACUAUCCUGCCCGCCCACCCGGGCUUCACCCUCUCCAUCGGCAGCGGCUCCGGCCUGCUGGAGGCGCUGAUCACGCUCCGCCACGGUACCGUGACGGUGGAAGGGGUGGAGGUGAGCGUCGCCGUGAACCGGUACAUCGACGAGUUGGAUAUGAAUGUCGUGCAGGGGACGUGGGAUCUCCUCCCGCGGGCGGCGCGCGCGGCCGCGUGGAUGUUCGUGUAUCCGCGGGAGCCUGCGUUGGUGAGGCGGUAUUUGGAUGGGGUUGAGGGUGGUGGUGGUGCGGUGCGGAUGGUGGUGUGGUUGGGGCCGCGGGCGGAUUGGGGGGAUUAUGUGGGGUGUUUUGAUGAGGGGCUUUGGGUCGGGGAAGAGCUGGGGGAGGAGGUGGGGGUGGCGGGGUAUGAGGUUUUGGUGGUUUUGAGGAGAUGUGAAAAGGGUGAGGGUGAGGGUGAGCUGGAUAAAUUGACUGGGGUGUUUGUGUGA